GACGCGUUAGGGGCAUAACUGAGAUCAGUGGGCACGGAAAAGAAGUCGACACAUUUCUUGGCAUACCAUAUGCAAAACCCCCUUUAGGAAAAUACAGAUUCCGACAUCCGAAGCCUAUAGAUCCAUGGAAAGGAGUUUUUAAUGCAACAACGCUGCCUUAUUCGUGCGUUCAAAUUAAUGACACUGUCUUUGGGGAUUUCAAAGGAUCCAUGAUGUGGAACCCCAAUAGCCCAAUAAGUGAAGAUUGCUUAACAGUUAGUGUUUGGGUGCCAAAACCUAGACCAGAAGGUGCGGCAGUCCUUGUGUGGAUUUUUGGCGGAGGUUUUUACAGUGGAACGACAACUCUAGAAGUGUACGAUCCGAAAAUCUUAGUAUCAGAGGAAGAAGUAAUAGUUGUUUCAAUAAAUUACAGAGUAGCAUCCCUAGGAUUUUUAUACUUCGAUAGACCAGACGUACCAGGAAAUGCUGGAAUGUUUGACCAGUUAAUGGCAUUAGAAUGGAUAAGAGAUAAUAUUGCAUCUUUUGGAGGCAAUCCAAACAACAUCACAAUUUUCGGAGAAAGCGCCGGUGCAGUAAGCGUGGGAUUACAUCUUUUGUCUCCUCUUAGCCGUAAUUUUUUCAAUCAGGCUAUUCUUCAGAGCGGAUCUGCAACGUCCCCUUGGGGAGUCCUUGACAGGAAAGAAAUCAUGAGGAGAGGAUUGAAGCUCGCAAAAGCUUUGAAAUGCCCUCAUGACGAAAACGACUUGGAUCCCGUGGUGGAAUGCUUGUUGACCAAAGACGCGGCUGAUCUGGUCAAUAAUGAGUGGGAUGGCUAUGGAGUUGUCGAGUUUCCGUUUGUCCCUGUUGUCGACGGAGCCUUCCUUGAUGAAACUCCAAUCCAGUCGUUGUUGUCGAAGAAUUUCAAAAAGACCAAUAUCAUGGCUGGAAGUAAUACUGAUGAGGGCAACUACUUUAUAAUCUAUUACCUGACUGACUUGUUCAAGAAUCAGGAAGACAUUUACGUAAAUAGGGAAGAAUUUGUUCAAGCUGUAAAGCGACUAAAUCCUCAAGUAGGGGAUCUCGCUCAUGAGGCAAUUAUUUUUGAGUACACGGACUGGAUGAAUCCGGAGGACACCAUCAAAAACAGAGACGCAAUUGAUAAACUUGUAGGAGACUACCAGUUCAUUUGCAGUGUGAACGAUUUUGCUCUAAGGUAUGCUGAGACUGGAAACGAUGUGUACAUGUAUUAUUUCUCUCAGCGUUCUACUGUGCAUCCAUGGCCGAAAUGGAUGGGAAUACUGCAUGCAGAUGAGAUAAAUUUCAUUUUUGGAGAACCUCUGAAUCCAUCUUUUGGCUACACAAAAGCUGAAGAACAGUUGAGCAGACGAGUCAUGAGAUACUGGGCCAAUUUCGCAAAAACAGGAAAUCCUAGUCAAAGACCAGACGGUGAAUAUGAGCCGGUGUACUGGCCGGUUCACACAGCCACAAGCCGUGAAUACUUAACGCUGUCAGUGAACUCCACCGAAAUCGGUCUGGCGAGGAGGGCCAAACAGUGUGCCUUUUGGCAGGACUACAUACCAAAAUUAGAUAAAUAUUCAGCUGAGCACAACCCUCACUGCACGGGCAUCAGCCAAGCGUCCUCUUUCCACCACUCGAUCAGUGGUGUCUGCUUCUUUGUCUGGAUGAAUGCGCUGAUCGUCUUACUACUGAGGCUAACGUAAACACCUUCAAGUUGCUGCAAGUGUGCAUAGACAACGGGAAGUGUGAACAGUCAAAAAGGGAUUGCCUCGGCAACGGAAGGUUUGCACCAGUGAAAGCGAUGGAACUCAACAAAUGUCUAAAUGGAAAAUUGUCAUUGCGGCUGUGAUUCAGUUGAUGUCUGUUGACGCAGGUCCGGAUUACGGGUACAGUUCACCAUUUUUUUUCUCACGUGCAUUGGACUGCUUGGGUCCUUGAACUGAAUUAGAACUCGGAGGAAAUGAACUGGCCUUCAUACAGAUGCAGGAAGCACUCACUCAUAUCGGACAAUGUGAAAGAUCUGGUGAUUCUUCACUUGUUGACUAAACAUAUCUCUUCUAAUUCGGCCCUGUGUUGACAUUCAGCGCUGUGGAUGUUAAGUUAUUCUUUAAGGGGAAAAACGUUUGCAGUAAAUCUGUUUCAAUGUAUUUCCACAAAGUGUUGAAAUCUGUAAAUCUUACCUUGUACAAAUUCUUUGAUCAAUCAAACUUAACAAAUCAAUCAAGUAGCAUGAUUUGCCACUUUUAUUCCAAAUCAAAGUUUCAAAUUUACAACAUAUCCUCUUUCAUCUCCAACACUAUUGAACAUCAACUACUUACAAAAAAUGAUUUUCAACUUACCAAUGGAAUGAGUAUAAUUUCAACGUUUGAAUCCUUGACUUACAUUUUAGUUUCAUUUUCAUCAGUUGGAUGUAUACAGAACUUUUAAAAUGUCAAUACACUGCUCUUGUCUAGCACAACUUUCCUGUUUAUAUAUUGAAUCAAUUUUCUUUGAAUUUAGACUCAAUGUUGCAUAAAGGUGAAAGACUCAAAUGCUUUUUCUGUGAUUGAAACCAUUUAUAGGAUUCUUUUCUUUAAUUGAGCACAUAGCUGUAUGUAUUACAAGCUUUUAACAAGUCAAUACAUGUGGUGAACUUGCAUUCAAUGUUACAAGACCUGAAUGUCGUGAAUUUCCGAUUUUCUUGUUUAGAUAAUAUUAAAGAAUAGAAAUGACAUGCUAUAUUUUAUACUUUGGGAAAUAUAAUAGCAACCACAUGUAGCUACUUCCACUUCAUUGCCCUUUGACGUUCGCUAAGCCAAGUAGUACAAUGUUUAGUGCGUAAUACCUACAAAGAAGUGUUCAUGUGUUCAAAGAAGACAACAAACUUUGCUAGCAUGCUAAAGCUUUUGAAAAACAUACUGCCUAAUGUUCCAAGGUUGAGAUUUAUUUUUAAAAAUAAUUUCAGAUCCAAUGCAGGAAAUAUAUUUCCGAACUUUGUUCAUUAUUUUUUUAAAAACAAAUUGUUAUCACUGAAGUUCAUGUAAAUGCUUACAACAAAGAAAUAGAAUCAAAUAACUGCGUAAACUGUAUAAAAAUGCGAAAAAUAAAAUAGGUGCUCACAGGAUUUUUUUCAGAUGAGAUGGUUAAGCUUUUCCAAAAAUUAAAAUAAAACAAACAUUAACCCUUUCGCAUAAAAUAGAUAUUCAGGCUCAUCUGCUGUCUUACACUUAAUGGCAAUAUUAUUUACCGCAUCAAUUGUCGUUAUUUUACUUGUUCAUUAAAUAUUUCGGUACAAUUUAGUCCGCUUAGUACAAAGCAAAUGUUUGACAGCUGCCAAAAGCACAAAUGCCCCUUUUUACCCUGUUCCUAUUUGGCUUCAAAAAUUAAGCAUUUUAAAACAAGUUGACAAAAGCCACAAUUUAUUUUUUUAUGUGAAACUGCAUCUUACUGAGGAUGAAACAAAUAUUUUACGUCUUAAACAAUUAUGUGCAUUUAUUGCUCAAAAUGCAACAGCAUAGUAAGCAAUUUCUUUAAAAUGUUAAGAUUUAUGUACCUGACUUAUUUGCUUAACCAGUAAUACUUUAACUUUGUCACUUAAGUAAUUUUAAAUGUUCUAACAACAAAUAGGAGAUGUGUUUUACUAUUAUGUGACCAUGGUACUUACAAUUUUUCCUAUUCUAUUAAAAUAUCAUGUCUAUUUAGUAAACUGCAUAUUUGUAAUGUAUAUUUGGUGCUAAUUAUAAACAGCAUACUGUUUAAGGCCUAUUUUUAAUUUUCAUUCAUAUAAGGUGUAAUCCAACUAAAAUUCCUAAGGCAGUCGUAUAUCCUUAGAACUUUGUUUUCGCACAGUGCUGUAACAAUCUUUAAGUAGGUAACUUCAUGUGUUAAAUAAAGCAUUAAAUCGCAUUACAAGAAAAAACGGAUUUUGUAUCACAACGUUCAGAACGUCUUAUUGUUACUUUUCAGAAAACUAAGCAUAACUUUCAGCUGAAAAUGGUUUUUAAUUUUUUCUUAUUUAUUUUCAUUCUCACAAUCUAUGCACAUUGCAGCUUUCAUUUUUACACUUGCAUUAAAUUAAAUUUAAUUGCGAAAGAAAAAUUUUUUGAACUAAAAUAAAUUCUUAAUUUUUUUACACUUCAUAACUGAAUGAAUUUUCUUAAUCUGAGCCUCUUUAAUAUGAAUCUUGCUUUCGUAAAUAUCUGAAUUCAGAUUUGAGAAGAAAGUUUAAAAAUUAGGAAUUAUCCGAAUGAUUUCCUCAAACGACAAACACAUAUUUUUUCAUUAAAAAUUAUCGGCUAUUGUAGUCGAUGAAGCUAUUACGUUGGUUCACGUUUACAACAGUUGCAUUUGAUAAAUCAAUAUAGCAAUUAGAACAUUUUACUGUAAAAUGUAGAUACAUUAUUAUGGAACUGCUUUUCAAGUGGUCAUUCUUUAUCAGUGAAUUAAUUCAUUGUUUAAUUUAUUUUAUUUUAACCAAUUUUUAGCUAACCUUUAGGUUUGUUAAUCUAUAUCAUGCUAAUUAAACACCAGGAUAACGAAAUCAUUCAAUUUGAUUCGCAUAAAAUUAAUGAACUUAGUAACUUUUUUGUAUAACCACAAGAUAGACAUUUUAUUAAGUGCUAUUAAUUAAUGUUUAACAAUUUUUACAUUAGUGCCAUAAUUGGUAAAACAUUUAAUGCUAACAAGUUUCUAAUUAUCAUUAAGAUUUCUAAAAAUUAGAUAAAUGUUAAAAUGUAAGAUCUUCUUUCAGGCCGGUUUGGACCAGUCUAAAAUGAGGAGAUUUUAAUUUAUUUGAAAAAAAUACUAAACAUAAAUAGAAUAAAGAAGCAAAUUAAGAAACACCAAUUUUCAAAAAAAUAUUUCAAGAAAUUUUUUGACAACUUGUGCUUUAUUUGCAUUGAGAUUUCCUUUUCUUCAUAAAGAAGUUCUGUUGCAUAAUUUUAAAUGGAUUAAAUUGCAUAUUCAACAUUAGAAUAUUUCUUGGAAAACCCGUUACUAAUCUACAGGUAAAGAGAGGAUAGCAAAAUUUUUUUAGAAAUAUUUGUCAACUAUUAAAUUAAAUAUAAUACAGAAACAAGUUUCUCAAAUGUUAUGCUAUAAUUUACGAAGACAAUCCUUAUAAAUAAAGUUAUUAUAAACAGAGGUUUUCAGUUUUCCAUUCUGUUUUUCAUUCGUCAUAGUUUCUUCCAUGAAUAUAUCAUUCACAUUGCUGCAUUUUAUUAUCAUCAUUAUUGUUAUAUUUUUCUUAGACUUCACAAAUCAUUUCCUUCAAUUCAUUUACCAUGUUUUUUAACGUAAUUGAAUUCAAGUUUAUUUUAUUUAAGCAAAAUUGUUGUAUAUUGUCUUCGAAAUGUUCAUUAAUGAGAAUGUACAAAAUGUGUGUGGGAGUAAACUCUUGUAUUGUUGGAUUAUUCAUUGAAAGAAAAAGCGCAUGAAGCGCAUUCGUGUUGUCAAAGUAGAUAUAACUUUGCAAGUGUUUUACUUUAAUGCAGCUAUUUUUGGACAACAUUAUUAUUUUGUACACAUUUAAAAUAAUUUAAUCUAAAAAAAAAUGCCCAGACAAGUAGGAAUAUGUACUGAAACAAAAUAAAAAGUCAUUUGCUGAAAAUCAGACAAUACCAUUGCUCGUGACCCAGUAGCAUAUGCAAUGUAUUUAACGAUUUUUGUCGACGUUAACGAGUCUUUAAAACCUAAAAUGGUGUUGAUAAAAAGAAAUAAUCUAUCCUAAAAAGAAACACAUUCAAAACCCUUAGAGUAAAAAGAAAAACUUGUCACUUAUUAUAACAGAACAAUUUUAAAUGCGAAUGAAUUUGUAACUGUUUUUCACAAGUCAAGUUUUUAUGUGAAAAAAAAAGUAAAUAAUCUGAGAAACUGCUCAACUUAAAAAUUUGAUUCACAAAUAAAUACAUCUUUCAGUUUUGUCUCCUAAUUCUGAAUAAGAACCACAAAAACAAAUUCUUUAAAUACAUUUUUGGGCGUACAUAUUGUUAUUAUUGUUGUUUAUGUAUUGAUUUAUUUAUGUAUUUUCUUCGACAAAAAAAAGUCAUUUACAUAUUUAAAAAAUCACCCACGAAACCUCAUUAAUUUUCAAUUUACUUUACACCAGAAAUUUGAAUGUCUGAAAUUAAUGUUUUGGCGUAUUUCUUCUUCUUCUUCUUUUUUUUUUUCAAUUUUAUUUUGUGAGGGGAAAAAACCUUGUAAUUUGUACAUUAAAAACUCUCCAAUGAAACUUUAAAGUCCUUAAAAUUAAUAUUUUGGCGUAUUUAUUACUGUUAUUUAUUAUUAUUAUUAUUAUUUUGUUCUGUGAAAAUAAAAAGAAAACUUGUAAUUCAUAUAUUUAAGAGGUCCCCCAUAUAGGGGUCAAAAAAUGUCUCGUUACCUCACACCAAACAUUCGAUUUUCUCAACAAUGGACUUAAAUAUGUAAAAAAGAUGACUUUAACCAUAAAAAUGUACAGUUUUAGGCACAAAUCUCAAGAACGCAAAACUUUUUUUUUUUUGAUUGAGGUUAUUUAAAUAAAUACCAACGUAUGAAAACAAGUCGGUACUUUACAAAUUACAGCGUAUUUGUUAAUAAGCUUCUAUGAUGAAAAAUGUUGAAAAUUCCACGUCAAGAUCAAAUUAUCUUAGUAUCUGUAAAUAUAUAUAGCUGAAAUUUAAGUCCAACAAAUACGAGUUUGUGUAAAAUUGAAAUUUGUUUUGUGUGUUAAAUUUUAUGCAUACAGUUUCGAAAAUGCUGUCUAUUUUGCAAAGAAUUUUAUCAUUUGUUACAAGUUCAAAAUUGUAAAAAGAAAAUUUUCUUGUUGAUAUAGUUUGCAAAGUAAAUUUAUCUUUAAAUAAUGAAAAUGACAUAUCUCUACUUGUGUAGCAAUUGAAACAUAUCAUUCUAUAAGAUAUAAUACUUUCGUAUAAAUAAUUAGACUCCACUUAUUAGAAAUAAAAAUUGUCUGUAUCAAAAGUUGUUCUAGUUUCCUGAAUAAAACACUG